UUCGGACCCUAAGAGCUGUCAAGUAAGUGUGUGUCGGCCUCAGACGGAUCUGAAAGAAGUGGAAGAAGAGAGAGAGAGAGAGAGAGAGAGAGAGAGAGAGAGAGAGAGAGAGAGAGAAAAGCACACACACACACAGACGAGUGAGAACUCGUCUCCAGUGAGAGUAUCAGCACCACUGAACUCCGUCUGCUGAUCAUAACCUGCUGCUUCAGUUUGUUACAACACCUUGAUCACCAUCAUGGUAGGUGGAUUCUGAGCGGCAUCUUGUCUAUUUGAAUUGAGGAAAGCUGCGGUAUGGCGGCAGCUAAGAUGUCCAUGGCGAUCACGGAGCACGGCGGUGAGGAGCAGGACCAAGACCGCAGGCCGCUGGUCCGCCACUACCAGGCCCAGGAGCUCAUCCCUCCACGCCGACCACUGCUGCACAACCUGCUGGACAAACAGCUCUCUGCAUGGGCAUCAGCCCAGGUGGUGAGUGGGGUCCUGAGUUUUGGACUGGGUCUGGUGUUUGCUACCACAGCUGAGUUCAACUCCUUUCUGAUCAUCCUCUUCAGAAUUCCCUUCCUGAACGGGGCACUGUUCUUCAUUGCAGGCCUGCUGUCUAACCUCCUCCACAGAGAGCCCAGACUGCUCCCGGUAUGUUUCCGUGCCAACCUGGCUUGUAUGGUCUGUGCUAUCGUUGGCACCGUGAUCAUGUGUGUAGACCUGGCUCUCAUGGAAAACACAACACAUAAAAAGACGGAGGUCCUGGUGCUGUGUGUGACGUUGGUCCAGAUGAUCUUGUCAGCUCUCCUCACCUUCUGGAUUCACAAGGAGCAGCUGCGUCUGAAACCUAGGGCUUAACACACAUUCUCUCUCACACACACUGGCUUUCUCAUACAUACACACACACACUCUCU